UCGCUGGGUCAAUAUGGUAUCGGGUCAAUCUGUCGUUGGGUCAAUAUGAGCGGGUCAAUGUGUCGUGGGUCAAUGUGACUGGGUCAAUUUGACGCCUCACCGAUGCGGUCUCCCCACACUUCCUCCCUUUCCUUCCACUCUCAAAGUUUGACAGUGUUUCGUUCCCUAAAACUUAUUCUCUCGCCAUGUUAUCCAUGUGGACUACACUCUGGUUUACUCCAGAUAACCGAGGAUAAGAAUGUUGCCUUUAUUCGUACAAAUUUCAAUCUUUAAAUCAAUUUGAUUAGGAAAGACAUUGUUAGAAAGACGAACUUGUGCAUCUGAACGAGUUGCUGGUUUCGUGAUUGUCUUUAACGUUUUACUCUUGCCACACCAAAUUUCGGACGUAUAGUGGGCAAGAUAAUAAAUAAACUGCAGGGAACAUUUGCAUCUGUAGAUAAAUAUGAUGGUGAUAGAUAGUGGUAUAUGCAUAGGCGGUAUAAUUGGGUAUAAUGUCCUCUCUCUCUUUGGUGGUAGCUGUGAGAGAUGAAAGACUAUCCAGGCCAUUUAUCUCAUAUUAUGUCAAGAAAAUAAUGUGCAAAGGGACGAGUUAUGAAAUUAUCCUUCGCGUAUGUCCGACUGGAAAUGUGUUGGAUGGUGAAGAAUACAAAAUUGAACUGGUACAUAGAAUAAACUUUCCACACACUAAUGGACUAAUUAGUGUCAAAAAGGCGUUAAAAUUAUUGCGAGGUCUGCUAUAUGUCACUUUUUCGUAUAAUAAUAGUAACGUUUUUGGACUCGGAUGAUGGUUGGUUGAUGUUACUUUGUUUGAUUUAUUAUUUUUCUAACAAGAAUGACAAUUCUUACACUUAUUCAAGUUUGCAUAUUGAUAUUUUCAUACUAAAUAAUGAAUCUUAAUUCUGGAGUUGCAUACAAUCAGUAGUAUUAAUAAUUUUAAAAAUUAAGUCAAUUCAUUCAUUAACCAGGACGAGCUAUUCUUCUGUUUUAAUCUAAUUCAGCCCACCGAUGAUCUGUGACUUGGACACCUUCUGGCACCUUGCAGCAUCACGUUAUUAUACCGACUUAUUUCUAGUCUCGUGCGUCCAUUUUGAAAAAUCAUGGAGUUGUCAGAAUUUUUUGCGCCUUGUCGUAAAAGAGUAAAAGGAUGUGAAUGAAAGCGGAAAGCGACAGAAAACAAGCAAUUCCUGAGAGAUAUUAUUCUGAGGCCAAGGAGGUUGGCCAUUGCCAUGAGAGCAGCACCAUUUCUUUGGAUUACAUUACAUUCUCUCCAAAGAAGAUAAAUUCUAAUGGAGCUGUGUUACUCUUCCUCAUUCUAUUAUUUCCAACAAGUAGAGCACCGCCAACCGCACUACCAACCAGUCCCACACAACUAAAGAAAGAAAUUACGGGAAAAGAAAGUGCCCUUAGACUGCUCAAAGAUUUUCUGGCGUUGGAGGACCCAUCCAUACCAACAAAACUUUGUCUUUAUCCGUCUCAUGUGUACGUAUGUACGUAUGCAUGUGUGUGUUGCUUCUUCUUCCAGCGCCACAUAUCUGUUGUUGGGCCUUAUAUAGAAAGAACUAAAGAAGGCGAACAACAGCGGAUAUUGGGAAGUUAUGUUGUGCAACUAGUUUGGUAUGUGAUGUAAUGGUCCUGUAUUCUCCAUUGUAUGUGCUCUAUUAGCAGCAUUAAAGUCGGAUGGUUGUCUUGUCUUUUGCUUGUUAUAAAACUCGUUUUCUUGUUUUACUUUCUGAUUUGGCCAUUUGGGACUGUGGAGGCCAGAAGGCGUUGCGUACUUUUGUCCUCUAAAUUACUUAAUAAACUGUAACGAACCCACAAAAUUGUCCUGCUUAGAGUCAGACAAAGUCUCCUCCCGAUAUGUCACAGUUGUUCAAACAACGUCUUAAUAAGAAAUGCUGGUGAUUUCAGCCCAUUUCAUUUGAUCAUCAUAUCGUUUCUACCAAUACCACCACCAUCGCUGCUCAACAAAAAAACACAUUAUGUAUCCCAGACAAAUUUAAAAUUGAAUUGCCUUGCCGACGUUAGUUUUAUUUAGUAAUGGCACCAGUUUAAUCUUCAUUUUCGGUGUGGAUUUUAAUUUAGAUUUUUUUACACAUCAACACACCCUUUCCCUUAAGUAAGUAAAUUGAGUCGUUUAAAUAAAUACCACAAUUUUUUUCGACCAGUAUUUUAUAACAAAACGAGGAAAUACUUUUUGAUGGCACACUUUAGGCUAGUGUUAAAUCUCGUUUUACAUUAAUAGGACUUUAUUAUUAACAAAAAUAUGACUCAUACAUAUAAAGAAAUGUGUAAUCUCUGGUUCCCCAACUUUUUUACCUUCCCCUACAUUCGCUCUAUUCAUUAAUGAAUAGCACCAAAUUACGAUAUUAUGUGUAAACAUAAAGCUUGUAUUCUGCAAAUGGUUUGCAAUAGUAAAAAAUGGUGUGAACGUAGGACAGAAACAGUAGAUUCUUUAGAACUUAAUUUUUCUUGUCAAUGAUUGAGACAACGACUUAACGCAGAUUGCACAGAAUUUGCCUUUGCGAUUUCAUUCGAAGACAAGCAUUGGCCUCCACCACAUGAAAAGUUUCAUUCAUGGCAUUUAUUCCCAUUCGACUCGACUAGACGACUGUGUGCAUGUAGCAGAAUUCCAGUUGCAUGUCUACUGGAAUGCAACAAAUUUGUAAACUUCGAACUACAUAAUUAAUAGCAACUAUUCCCUUCAAAAAUAAUCGUUGGAACAACGACUGAGGUAUUUUCUUUUUUGGUCGGCAUGAAAGAAUACAAGAGGUUAAUGUUUCGUGCAAAGUGAAGAAAAUCCAAAACUUGCAUUCAUAACAUUGUCCGGGGUUAGUACUUUGUGCUGCUUGAAAAAGUAAAGCAAUAUUCCACAAAUGUUUUGAAACAUGUUGUUUCUAUUCUGAUUCUUUUUCUUCGGCCUUUAUUUGUGCACGAGAUAAUUAGAUACAUAAAUGAAUGCAUGGGGGUUUUGAGCAUGAAUGAUGAAAUUCUUCACACAAUUAGUUUAAUACAAGUUUUGGCCUUGACAAAAUUUUCAGAAAAACUUUCAGAAAUAAAGUAAACGAAUGGACUAAUGCUCCAACAAAGUAAACUCCCACAUGUAAAAAAACAGUUUUAUGUUGCUUAUUAUUUGAAAGUCCAAAGUCGUUCAGACUAGAUUGUUUAGUGUCCGGUCUCUUCGAACCAUUUACCUGAGACGGAUUGAGAGGAGGGCAUGGUUUACAACUGGCCAAAGCUCGCCUGACAUGGAUGGAUGAUAGUUUUCGCGAGUUUUUUUUUCAUUUCACGGUUGCUUCGGAUGCGGCUGAACGAAUUGUAGUUUAUAUUUUGAAUGCGAUGUGUGUGUGCAUGUGUACUUGGUUGAGGAGGAAAGAAUCGAGGACCAGCAUAUAAGGGCUUGCAGCAACAAAAGCAGGGAGAAGAUUUUGCUUAUUUAAAGUGCACUACUUGAGAGUUUCAGCACCAUUCUGGGCACAGAAAAGCCUGGCGAGUGAAAGAGCCAGUUGUAUAGUAGUCGACAUGGAAGGAUUCGGUGAGUGCUGGUACUAUCAGCCAUUUGCAGAUAGGAAGUGAAGGAAAUCUCCACGGGGUGAUUCACUGAUUGUGUCAAAACGUUUUAGUCAGUAAAUAACGAUGAAGCAAAAAUUGUUAUAAAGGUUAGCUUGUAUGCAUAAAUUUUAUGAUAUACCUUUAAGUAGAUGUGCGAGCAGACAAGCAAAUCGGUGUUCCGUGGUACAUGGAGGAUCCCUGCGUGCCGAAAUGUGCCGAGCCGGCACACGAACCCUUCCCUCUCACUCUUCGAUUGUAACUUGAGCUGGAAGGAAGUCGUUCCUUUGCUCACUUCACGCACGCAAGAAAUAUUAUAUCCAAAAUAUAUAUUUCUAUUUCUUAAAUAAUUUGCGUGCAUUCCACUAUUAUGCGAAAGUUCUUUUAAUUAACGAAAUUUUUUUAAAAUUUUAAAUUAUUUAUUAAAAUUAACAAAUGGACUCGCGACGUGGGGGUGCUGGUAGGGGCUCCAAAUCUAAGCCAAAAAUGACAGUUUCUAGCGAUGAAGACGACGAUAUCCCUUUAGUUGUUAGCAGGGGGAGGGGUACAAGCGUGAGGGGUCAAAAGAUGAUGUCAAAACCAUCGACAACAUUGUCAACACACCGGGAACAAGCUAUGGCGACGACAACGAUAUCUCGACCAUCUACAUCAAAUGGACAGGUUGGGCGGCAUCAAACACAAGAAAUAGAGGGGGAUAUGGGAGAGGUUACACUUUUAUCGCAGUUGUCAAGAAGCUCCUCAGGACCCAGUACAUCUACGAAGAGAUCAAGUCAAGAUACUUCAGAUGAUUCUAUGCACACACAAACGAAGAAAAUCAAAUCAAAUCUUCCACUAUUAAUGAAAGUCGUCAAAGGUGGACUCCUUUUUUUUGUUGAUGGAGAAGCACAAACCAAAGGGCAUGUGAUGUACUGGGUCCCACUCCGUGACAGAAACAAGAUGUACAAUGGACAUAUUGUCGUCGGAUUGGCAACUCUUUCGAAAACGGUCGAGGAUAUGGCGCAACAUGUAAGGACGGAAAAUCUUGGAGAAAAUAAGGCCGAUGACCUAACUCACGACCAUUGUGCCAUCAGAUAUUUCCUUAAAUCUGGCGAGAUGGAUUAUCUCGCCUCCGACGCUGAAGCUUUGCCAUUGUGGUCUUCAACCACCAUUAGUGGAACUAGUCUUAGGAUGGGGUUAAGAGGUGCUUUGGACUCUGUUUGUUCAACAAGUUCAGCCCCUUGCCUGAUCAAAUUAUCAAAAUACGCAAAAGAAAUAGUAGAUGCUUUGAACACCAACUUACAUUUGCAGCCUAUAGUUCCAUCAGUGACUGAAUUUCAAAAUGGGACAGGAUUUUCAAAAUUCCUCGUUGGAACAGUCGCGAACUACCAUUUGUAUUGUAGGGGUCCAAAGGGAGUACCAUAUUUGGGGGACCCAAAUAAUACGCAGCAACAACCAAUCCCAUGGAACAUACAUCAUGAUACCUUAUCUGAAGAAGCUAGAAAAGAAUGGGUAACCUGGGAACUUGAAAAUAAGUCUGUAGUUAAGGAUUCAUACGUCCGACCUUCACGGCGUGUCCUAGAAGUUCGUCUCUGGAUCAAGAAGAAGUACAGGAUUGUUGAUAUUCAACCACCCGCUAAUAGGCUACGUCAUAAUUCGGUAUACAGUAUAUGUCCAUAGAAAAAAGAAGUUGACGACAAAUACUUCGGCAGAAUUAUGAGAGAUGUCUUCCCAAAGGUAGAGUCAGAUCACCAAUCCUGCUACACAAACCUGAUGGAGAUGCCGUGUCAACAAUAAAUAAGAAACUAAUAUACAACCCGAUUACAAAUCUCUCUUUAUUAUCUUUACUGGCUCAAUUUAUAGGAAAUGAAAUAAAUUUAAAAACCCCAUCGACCUGGGCCUUUGACCAUU